AUUUGUAGUCUCAUACAACAACGACUGCCGACAAUAUUAAAAAUACUUCUAAGUCAAUUAUUGGAACUACUUAAAUCAAAAUGUUUAUACCAGUUGCACAUAGAGCUUUUAAGUCUCUCCGACAAACCACACCCCGUGUUCGCAUAUUUCUUAUAAAUAAAAAUGCCUAUUCUAGUCAGGUUGAAUAUAAACCCAUACGUUCGGUGCUUGUUGCCAAUCGUGGCGAGAUCGCCAUACGUGUCUUCCGUGCUUGCACUGAAUUGGGUAUUAAGUCCGUUGCUGUUUAUUCGGAACAAGACAAAAUGCAUAUGCAUCGUCAAAAAGCUGAUGAAUCAUAUUUAGUUGGCAAAGGCUUACCACCUGUUGAGGCAUAUUUAAACAUUCCCGAAAUUAUCCGUGUUUGUAAGGAAAACGAUGUUGAUGCUGUGCAUCCAGGCUAUGGAUUUUUAUCAGAACGGAGCGAUUUUGCUCAAGCCGUUAUCGAUGCUGGUCUUCGAUUCAUUGGCCCCUCACCAAAAGUUGUGCAACAAAUGGGUGAUAAGGUGGCUGCACGUGUUGCGGCAAUUGAAGCCGGCGUUCCUAUUGUACCUGGUACAGAUGGUCCAGUAACUACCAGCCAAGAAGCAAUGGAAUUUUGUAAAAAACAUGGCCUGCCUGUUAUUUUUAAAGCUGCAUAUGGUGGUGGCGGACGUGGCAUGCGUGUUGUGCGCAAAAUGGAUGAAGUUGAAGAAUUAUUUCAACGUGCUAGUUCCGAAGCCAAGGCAGCAUUUGGCAAUGGUGCUAUGUUUAUAGAAAAGUUUAUUGAACGCCCACGUCAUAUUGAAGUACAACUAUUGGGAGAUAAAGCCGGUAAUGUUGUACAUUUGUUUGAACGCGAUUGUUCAGUACAACGACGUCAUCAGAAAGUAGUGGAAAUCGCUCCAGCACCGCGUUUAUCAAAGGAAGUACGUGAUAAAAUGACCGAAGCAGCUGUACGUUUAGCCAGGCAUGUGGGUUACGAAAAUGCAGGAACUGUUGAGUUUUUGUGUGAUGAGUCUGGUAACUUCUACUUCAUUGAAGUUAAUGCUAGAUUACAAGUGGAGCACACUGUAACCGAAGAAAUAACUGGCAUUGAUUUGGUACAAUCGCAAAUACGCGUUGCAGAAGGCAUGACUUUACCGGAACUUGGUUACACUCAGGAAAAUAUUAAACCACGUGGUUAUGCUAUACAGUGCCGCGUUACAACAGAAGAUCCUGCCAAUGAUUUCCAACCUAGCACUGGUCGUCUUGAGGUGUUCCGCUCUGGUGAAGGUAUGGGUAUCCGUUUGGAUAGUGCUUCCGCCUUUGCCGGUGCCAUCAUUUCACCGUACUACGAUUCCCUCCUUGUUAAAAUUAUAUCGCAUGCCAGUGAUUUACAAAGUUCUGCCUCAAAAAUGAAUCGUGCAUUGCGCGAAUUUCGUAUUCGUGGUGUUAAAACAAAUAUACCAUUUCUGUUGAACGUUUUAGAAAAUCAGAAAUUCCUACACGGCGUACUGGACACAUACUUUAUUGAUGAACAUCCCCAAUUGUUUAAAUUCCGCCAUUCACAAAAUCGUGCUCAAAAAUUACUUAAUUAUAUCGGUGAGGUAUUGGUCAAUGGACCACAAACUCCUUUGGCUACUGGCUUGAAGCCUGCCGAUGUAACUCCACAUGUACCCGAAGUGCCUUUAGAUCUAUCGCCUGAGGCACUAUUGCGUGAAGAGCGUGGCGAAGCUAAAGUCACGGAACCCCCAAAAGGAUUACGAGGCAUACUCAAGUCUCAGGGUCCUGAGGCAUUUGCCAAAGAAGUACGUUCUCGUAAGAAUUUAAUGCUCAUGGAUACUACCUUCAGAGAUGCUCAUCAGUCACUAUUAGCUACACGUGUACGAUCUCAUGAUCUAUUAAAAAUUUCACCAUUUGUUGCUCACAAAUUCAAUAAUCUAUACUCUUUGGAAAAUUGGGGUGGUGCUACUUUUGAUGUUGCUCUACGUUUCUUGCAUGAAUGUCCAUGGGAACGAUUGGAAGAAAUGCGUAAACAGAUACCAAAUAUACCUUUCCAAAUGUUGUUACGUGGUGCCAAUGCUGUCGGUUAUACCAGCUACCCGGAUAAUGUUGUGUACAAAUUCUGCGACUUAGCGGUUCAAACUGGCAUGGAUAUCUUUAGAGUAUUCGAUUCCCUCAACUAUUUGCCAAAUUUAAUUUUGGGUAUGGAAGCUGCCGGUAAGGCUGGUGGUGUUGUAGAAGCUGCGAUUUCGUAUACAGGUGAUGUCAGUGAUCCCAAACGUACCAAAUAUGAUCUUAAAUACUACACUAAUCUGGCUGAUGAACUAGUUAAAGCAGGUACACAUGUUCUUUGCAUUAAGGAUAUGGCUGGUCUAUUGAAACCUCAAGCUGCCAAAUUGCUUAUAAGCGCUAUACGUGAAAAGCAUCCAGAUGUGCCAAUUCAUAUACAUACACACGAUACCUCAGGUGCUGGUGUAGCUUCUAUGUUAGCUUGCGCUGAAGCUGGUGCCGAUGUUGUAGAUGUUGCCGUCGAUUCUAUGUCCGGCAUGACUUCGCAGCCAAGUAUGGGUGCAGUAGUUGCUUCACUACAAGGUACCGCACUUGAUACCAAUUUGGAUUUGCGCGAUGUGUCCGAAUAUUCAGCUUACUGGGAGCAGGCACGUACAUUGUAUGCCCCAUUCGAGUGCACAACUACCAUGAAAUCAGGCAAUGCUGAUGUUUAUUUGAAUGAAAUUCCUGGUGGUCAAUAUACAAACUUGCAAUUCCAAGCAUUUUCACUCGGCUUGGGUGAUUUCUUUGAGGAUGUCAAAAAAGCUUAUCGGGAAGCUAAUUUGUUGCUGGGAGACAUCAUUAAGGUAACGCCAUCAUCAAAAGUUGUUGGUGAUUUGGCACAAUUUAUGGUGCAAAACAAAUUAACAGCCGAUCAAGUAUUAGAAAAGGCCGAAGAACUCUCAUUUCCCAAAUCAGUAGUAGAAUAUUUACAAGGCUCAAUUGGUACACCACAUGGUGGUUUCCCUGAACCCUUACGCUCUCGUGUCUUGAAAGAUAUGCCACGGAUCGAAGGACGUCCUGGUGCAAAUUUGGAAUCUCUUGAUUUUGAAAAACUUAAGAAAGAGUUAAAGGAAUCUCACCCACAUGUAUCAGAUCGUGAUGUUAUGUCAGCUGCCUUGUACCCUGCAGUUACAAAUGAUUAUUUGUUCUUCCGAGAGAGUUAUGGUCCAGUAGACAAAUUAGAUACACGUAUUUUCUUAACUGGUCCCAAAGUUGGAGAAGAGUUCGAAGUUAAAUUGGAGAAAGGUAAAACCUUAAGUUUGAAAACAUUAGCCAUGGCUGAAGAUUUAACACCAAACGGAGAACGUGAAGUAUUCUUUGAAAUGAAUGGCCAAUUACGUUCAGUGCUGAUACGUGAUAAGGAAGCUGUUAAGGAAUUGCACAUACAUCCCAAAGCCUCGAAGACCAAUAAAAGCGAAGUUGGCGCUCCCAUGCCCGGCACAGUGAUUGACAUACGAGUAAAGGAAGGAGACAAAGUAGAAAAAGGGCAGCCAUUAGUAGUGCUAUCGGCCAUGAAAAUGGAAAUGGUUGUUCAAGCACCGAAAGCUGGUGUUGUGAAGAAACUUGAAAUAACCAAUGGCAUGAAAUUGGAAGGUGAUGACUUGCUAAUGACUGUGGAGUAAGAAUUGUAAAAGAAUUGUUACUGUGAAUUUGUGAAGUUUGUUUAAAACGUUUUUAUCCUAUCAUGUAGAAGACAUUUAAGAUGUGAAAAAGGAAUAUAUUAAAAUAAAUUUUAUAGUUAGAUUUUACAUAGCGUGUUUUGAGGAUAUUUAUAAUUAAUGUAUUACUCUGAACAUAUAUGUAAUAUAUUUAAACAGUUAGAAAUUGUUUUUAAAUUAUAAUUACACGCACAAGACAUUUAAAUGUGAAACUAUGUUAUUUUGAAAUAAUUUAUAUAUAUUAAUCUGUUAUGAAAUUGUAAUUAUAUGUA